CGGAUCCGAAGGCAGCCACUUGCCGGGCAAAGUUGCAACGAGCGCGGUCUGCUCUGAACCGGCAGAUGGACCGGGAGCUGCGGUUACGUGAAGGCGCCGAGAACCUGUUGCGGGCCACCACCAAAGAUGGCGGCAGUAGCGAUAACAGCGGUAUCGUCGGUAGUGGCGGUGGCCGCAGGAGUAAAAGCAAAAGCAGAAAGCUCAUCAGGCAGACAGUGGCACUGGAGCUGAGUUUCCUAGAUUCCAACGUGCGAUUGCUGGCCGACGAGCUGGCUGAGCUCAAUGGUUCAGUUGACGUGUACCAGCACCGAGACAAUGACGACGACGACGAAAAUAAUUUUGACGGAAGCCGUUGUGAUCCAGCCUCGGAAAAUGCUAGCGCGGAUGGUUCAAUGGCGAACCGACGGCGACUGCACCGGCAACGGUUAAUGCCCAUGAUUGCCGUGCCGUUGAAAGACACCAGGCCAAUMGAUUUUGGACCACCACUCGAGCGGUUCAUCAAUCAACACUAUGGCGUGGAUUUGUCAGUGGCACCGGAAGAGACAAACUCUGGCCAAGUUGAUUUAGGAGACGAUAGAGACGACUGCGAUGGCAGUAGCGGUACGGUGCGGCGGCGGCGGCUUUCGUUGUCGUUACGCGAAGCCAUCGACGAAUUGACGCAGCUCCGAGUGGACACACAGACGCCUAGCAGAGAUUUGGACGGAGUUCGACUUUUGCUGCGGUACUACAGGCAGCUGUAUUACGUUGAUCGCAGAUUUUUCCCACCCACUUCAUUGGCRGUUCCCGUGACGACAACUUCGCGACAUAAUCACCAACAUAAUCGCCAGCAGCAGGACUCCAAUUAUCGUCACGUUAAGCAACAACAGCAACAGCACUCAGCCGUCGUCGGCUCGUCAUUAAUGUCACCACCACCAGCCAUUUAUUUYGAGUGGUACGAUUCGUUUGGUGGCCCAGUGCCGUCGUGUGGACAACGUACCGUCCGCUUUGAGCAAGCGUGCGUUCUAUUUAACGUGGCCGCGGUGCACACUCAAAUGGGCGCCAAGUAUGACCGUCGUUGUAGAGACGACGCAGACGACGGCGAAGAUGACGACUWCAGCAUGAGCAUUGGCUCGGGAAAGCGGACUGGCUCAUUGUCGACAUCGACUGGACCUGAAGCAGCUGACGGGGCCGCGGCCGCUGCGCAGUGCUUCUUGCGAGCGGCCGGAGCGUAUCGGCACAUCGGCGACACGUUCGCCAACGCACCUGCGCGGGCCGCCGAUCUGCGUGCCACAGGCGUUCUAUACGCAGUCAUGAUGGCUCAGGCUCAUGAAUGCGCUUUCGAGAAAUUACAAUGGCGGUUCUUGACGUCCGUUCGGAAUCGGUGUCGUCGUCWACACCAUCGAAGUGACCGAGAUAAAGAAGCUGAUCCCGACGCUGAAGUGCUUGGCAGUGGUGUCCGUCGUGGCCUUGGCGACCGAGAUGUCGCUACAAGACGAACAUCAGCAUCAGGUGUCGUUGGUGAUAAUGUCGGACGGACGUGCGAWGUAACCGCAAAUACUCUAUCAUGGACAGAGUUGGCUCGUGAAGCGGCACACUUGUCGCGAAUGUAUGGGGACGUAGUGUACAACUGUUGCACUCGCCAGCCUAACGAAAGAGCCGUUCGUCGUUGUAAGGAAAACGGUGGUGAACAAGGAGUCACGACGACACCGGUGUCUAUGUUGCCGGAUGUCUGGGUGGCCGUAUGCCGGAUCAAAGACCGACACUACGCGGCGUUGGCGUACCGUUACGCCGCUUGCGCCCUGCUCCCGAACCACCGAUGCAGCGCGGACGGACAUCAGGACAAGCAGCAUCAUAUGGGCGGCGCUCGCCGGCAUGGUACCAUUGAUUCCGAGGCCAGCCAACUGCUAACAGAACUGACGGCGGCUGCAACGGCCGUGGGCCUUGGGGUAGCCGAUGACGACGACGACGACGACGACGAGACGAUCUCAGUGGCGGUGCGWCAACGACGGCGUCGUAAUCAACUCGGUAAGCUGUUGUUAGAGGCGGCAGCAGCGGCCCACGACAGAGCGGACCGCGCACAGCGACUGUGCCGGCAGCUCCGUGCUAAAUCCGAGGGGAAUACGUCGGGCAGCGGUGGUGGAGGCGGUUUGCUAGCUGGCGUGUUGGAACGAGAACGCCAGUGGACAGUACGGUUGUUGUUAUCACACUUCCGAGACGAAGAAGAAGAUGAAUACGCCACGGCCAAAGGUGAAGGAGGUGGAGGUGACAGCGAUCGCARAGAUGGCCGUGCCGAGAAGAAUUGUGGACGUUGCUGGGAUUGCCACUACUGUUGCUCGGACGACGACGGCGUCGAUGCUGACGCGGUAGCCGAUUAUUGUUCGGGCGACCAAGAGGAGCUUACYGCGGCAGGGAUCGCUGGCGUACCUGGUCUGGACGUCGACCGCGGCGUGUUAAUCAGACCACGGACUAGAUUUCGGUUGAUGUCGAUUGCGCCCGACUUCACGGACACCGGUGACGGAUGCAACUACAACGAUGGCGACGAGUACGGCGGUGACGAAUGCGAUCUGGGUGGCUUGACCAAACAACGUGUCGGUGGUGAAGAUCGACACAGGCAAAAGCGAGAAGAACGGCAGUACGAGACCGCUGAUCGCGAGGAACGUAGAGCAGAUCUAUUCGCCGGGCUAGGGCCRGUGGCCGUGUUUUCGGCGCGGCACCAGUUUUCACGGCCCCGGUGGGUGAAAGUGGCCCGCGGCGGUGCCCGUCAUCGUUCCCCUGGCGGUGGCGACGAAGACGCUUGUGACGACGACAAAUCUGUUGCAUCCGCGGAUCCGGUUCAGCUUGUAGACCGAUGGUUCGGUUUCGAGUUGCGCAGCCACGGCGGUGGCACAGCGGCCGCAGUCCCUCCGGCUACCGUAGGACACGUCAGGUCCAGUUCUCAGGCACAACACGUCGGCUUGAGACGAGGCGACAUAGUGGUGGCGUUGAAGCUAUGUGCAGGUGAUAAUAGUGGUGGAAGGGUAAUGGACGUCAGGUGGGAAACGUGCCGCAGGGUGGCCGAGUUAAUCGUUCACCAUCAUCAGAGGCGUCGGAAACCGAGUUCCGGUGAAGUAGCAGUCAUCCAAUUGAAAAUUGUCACACCGAUAACUUCCACGACUGUGUCUGACGGCUAUCAGGCCGCGGAUCCUAACAAGAUUUAUAAACGGAGAAGUACAAAUAUGGUGGCCUUAACUUCAAAUAUACAUUCUGCUCCAUCACUACCACCCAUGUUAUCACAGACCAACUCUAAACAACGUCGUCAACGACGACAGAAUACAAACAGUGCUAAUGAAGGAACUGAGAAUACUAAUAAAAAAAUUACAUGGUUGUGGAAUCCUUUCAGACGGCGGCGGAGAAGCGUAGUUGGCAAUAAGUGUUAAAAAUAUGCACUAUUGUAAUGAUUGUUAAUUAUCAUAAAAUAUUAAUGAAUGUUGAAUUUAUAUUAUUUGUAACCUUUAAGACAUUUUAAGGGUAGUGUUUUACUAUUAUAAUGUAAAUAAUAAACAAAAGAAUAUACAUUUUAAA